AUGAAGGAGGAGCCAGCAAAAGCGCUAUUAGACCAGCCUGAAGAUGCAGGGGGUUCUUCAAAAGAAUGUACAGAUCAAGAAGGCAAAGAGCAUUUCGCUAUAAUAUUAGCUCACGGCCGAAGUUUCCUCCUUGAGAGCAACGCAUUCAGAGCGCUACGCGAAGAUCUCCAAAAUUUCAUUCACCCAAUUGCGAAACAAAAACCCCAGAUUAGUCCAGAAAUAUUAGAUGGGCUUGGCUCCGAAGCAUCUCCAGGGCCAGUACCCGAAGCUUAUACAAGUUUAUGGUCGAAGGCUUCUGGCAUGGUAGUACCACUCAUCUCCUGUCUUGGACUCAAGGAUGAAGUUAUACCAGCAGGUCACCAACGCAUAAGGUGGAAAAAUGCUCAUGGGAAAUGGCUUUAUGAUGACUACAUUAAGCACAGCCAUGGUGCCUUGCAAGCAUUACAAAGCUAUCUAAGUACAUUAACAUACAAAACACAAACAGUGGCUGAAGGUAGCAAUAGUGUUAAGUCCUUCCAACCUGCUCAAGUUUAUUCUCCCAACAGCAGCUCAGCAAGAUUCCACAGCUCUAAUACCAGCGACAUUGCUGGUAAACUGCAUGGCACGUCUGAAAAUCCUACAGUCAACAAUCACCAACAGGAUCUUGAGCUGGGUGGUCGCUCAAAUCACACUCUUUAUCUCAUGGUCUGCAUAGAAAAGGGAAGACAUAGUGUUGAGCUCCACCAAGAGCCAGUUACAGAGCUUAUAGAUGAUCGACAAUUAUUCCACACUUUACAACGUGUCUACUACGAGCAUGGGGGUAAGUUUAAAAAGUAUUGGUCAUUGAGAACAGUUGAUAGUAUCCAAUUUAUGAAGUUCACAUAUGGGGGUCACCAAUACAUUGAUGUGCGAUGCCAUGAGGAAAUCUGUGAAACUGGGAAGGUUUGCAGUUGUAUACCCCCAGCUAAACUUGUUCAUCCAAACGGAACAGAAUAUGAAUUCCGACCAAUACCGCCGAAGUUGUCCCCACCUGUUGGACCGCGAAUGAUGAUGGAUCUAUUUACCAACGCAGAUCACAUAAAACCUAACACAACGUUAAUCAUGGACCAGCUUCCGAAAAGGACCUGUGGACAACUCAAGUCUGAAUAUUCUGAGUUAAAAGAAGCAUGGGGAAUAUUAUACAAAGAAGAUUGGCAUUGGGCCAAAAUUUGGUGGAUUCUUGCUGUUGGCUUCUUCCCUCCCAGUUUAUUGUUUGGUAUAGUAUGGGGAACCCUAAAAAGAGACAUUCAGGGCGCAUUUGGAAUAGCGGGCUGGUGGAUGACAGGAGCUAUGAUUCUUAUUGGGAUUGUCGGAUCACGGACGUGGAGUUAAGACUCUAAUUUCCAAAGGCAGUAUUGCUAGCAACUCGCACACCCUGUACUUAGGUCAAUCUCUCGUUUGGG